UUGGAGGCUAGAGGGGCCCAGACUUGCCCUCUCGGUCUUAACUUCCGCCGGAAGCGACUUCCAUCCGCAAUUGCCCUUUCCCAGCUGCACGCGCCGGCCCCCGUGCCCGGUACUCUCUACGGCGCCAGUACGACCACAAUGGCGGCCGCUACCCUGCUGCGCGCGACGCCCCUUUUCAGCGGUCUCGGCGCCGGCCCAGCACCACUAUUGCAGGGUCUUUUGCGGCAGCUGAAGGCCCCGGCAUUGCCCGUCUUGUGCCGUGGCCUGGCUGUGGAGGCCAAGAAGACCUAUGUACGUGACAAGCCCCAUGUGAACGUGGGUACCAUCGGCCAUGUAGACCAUGGCAAGACCACCCUGACCGCGGCCAUCACGAAAAUUUUAGCGGAGGGAGGUGGGGCCAAGUUUAAGAAGUACGAAGAGAUUGACAACGCCCCAGAGGAGCGAGCCCGAGGUAUCACAAUCAAUGCGGCUCAUGUGGAGUAUAGCACAGCCGCCCGCCACUAUGCCCACACUGACUGCCCCGGUCAUGCAGAUUACGUUAAGAAUAUGAUCACAGGCACUGCCCCCCUCGACGGCUGCAUCCUGGUGGUGGCAGCCAAUGAUGGCCCCAUGCCCCAGACCCGGGAACACUUACUGCUAGCCAGACAGAUUGGUGUCGAGCAUGUGGUGGUGUAUGUGAAUAAGGCGGACGCUGUGCAGGACUCUGAGAUGGUGGAGCUGGUGGAGCUGGAGAUCAGGGAACUGCUGACUGAGUUUGGCUACAAAGGGGAGGAGACUCCAAUCAUUGUCGGUUCUGCCCUCUGUGCCCUUGAGCAACGUGACCCCGAGCUAGGCCUGAAGUCCGUGCAGAAGCUACUGGAUGCUGUGGACACAUACAUCCCAGUGCCCACCCGGGACCUGGAGAAGCCUUUCCUGCUGCCCGUGGAGUCAGUGUACUCGAUCCCCGGCCGGGGCACAGUGGUGACAGGCACGCUCGAACGUGGCAUUUUGAAGAAAGGAGACGAGUGUGAAUUCCUGGGACACAGCAAGAAUAUUCGCACUGUGGUGACAGGCAUUGAGAUGUUCCACAAGAGCCUGGAUAGGGCAGAGGCGGGCGACAACCUUGGGGCCCUGGUCCGAGGCUUAAAGCGGGAGGACCUGAGACGUGGCCUGGUCAUGGCCAAGCCAGGUUCCAUCCAGCCCCACCAGAAGGUGGAGGCACAGGUGUACAUCCUCAGCAAGGAAGAGGGUGGCCGCCACAAGCCUUUUGUAUCCCACUUCAUGCCUGUCAUGUUCUCCCUGACUUGGGACAUGGCCUGUCGGAUCAUCUUACCUCCGGGGAAGGAGCUUGCCAUGCCUGGGGAGGACCUGAAGCUCACGCUCAUCUUGCGGCAGCCAAUGAUCUUGGAGAAAGGCCAGCGUUUCACCCUGCGGGAUGGCAACCGGACCAUCGGCACUGGCCUCGUCACUGACACACCGGCCAUGACCGAGGAGGACAAGAACAUCAAGUGGAGUUGAGUCUGGACCUCUGCUGCUGGGGCUCUCUUGUGCUCAGGGCUGCACUGGCCAGCGUUCUCUCUUGCCUCUGUGGCCCUCUUUGCAGGGCAGAGGCUGUGGCCCAGCUGAAUUGCAGCUAGAUACUUCCCCUGGUCCAAGGGCCAUGUGGCUGGCCAGGUGAGGUAGGUCAAUAAACUGUUCUGUGAAUAGAAAGACA